GAGGCGCUGUCCGCACUUCCCGUCCGGGAGAGAGUGUAAUAUGGCGAAGACCUACGAUUACCUGUUCAAGCUGCUGCUGAUCGGGGACUCGGGGGUGGGGAAGACCUGUGUCCUGUUCCGCUUCUCCGAGGACGCCUUCAACUCCACUUUCAUCUCCACCAUAGGAAUUGACUUUAAAAUCAGGACCAUAGAGCUCGAUGGCAAGAGGAUCAAACUGCAGAUAUGGGACACAGCCGGCCAGGAACGGUUCCGGACGAUCACGACGGCCUACUACCGGGGAGCCAUGGGUAUCAUGCUGGUCUACGACAUCACCAACGAGAAGUCCUUCGACAACAUCCGGAACUGGAUUCGGAACAUUGAGGAGCACGCCUCUGCAGACGUGGAGAAGAUGAUACUUGGGAACAAGUGUGAUGUGAACGACAAGAGACAGGUGUCCAGGGAACGGGGAGAGAAGCUGGCCCUUGACUAUGGAAUCAAGUUCAUGGAGACCAGCGCCAAGGCCAACAUCAACGUGGAGAACGCAUUUUUCACUCUCGCCAGAGACAUCAAAGCAAAAAUGGACAAAAAAUUGGAAGGCAACAGCCCCCAGGGCAGCAGCCAAGGCGUCAAGAUCACCCCCGACCAGCAGAAGAGGAGCAGCUUCUUCCGCUGCGCGCUGGCGUGAGGAGCGCCUUACCUGGGCGCGCCGGCCCAGCUGACUGUGCCUGUCCCCAGCGAGCCUGGCUCGCGGGGGGCCCUCCCGCUCCAACACCUCGCCCGCCGCGGCCACCGGGCCCUCGGCCACCAGAACAUAAUUGAGAAAUUAUUUUAGUAACUGUCUGAUCUUUUUCAACUUUGGAGAUGGAAGAAGAAUUCGCUAUUUUCCUCUAACGCCCACCAGGACGGCCCACCUGCCCAUCUACCAGAGAGAAAGAUGGGGCCCCGGUGAUCCGCAGCCGCCGCAGGCAGACCCCGUCUCGGGGCCUCUCAUCCUGGUGUCACCGCAGCGCCCCACAGAAAGCCUGUCCCGCCGCCGGUGGUGCCAGGCACGUCCGCUCUGCACCGAGCAAGUGGCCGAUGGCCAGGGCCGGGCGCAUUCACACAGGUCUGCCGCCCACAUCAGCCUCCUCUCAGUUUUGGACAAGUGACAAAAACCAUUUCCCUCCCGUCUCUUUCACUGUUAAACCAAAGGGAAGCACAAAUCCAAGACGCCCUGCGCGGAGCGCCAGGAGGGAGGACGGGGCGCUCCGACCGCAGCCAGGUCUUGGUCUGGGCCCACGGGCCUCUGAGCACCCCACUGGAGCAGGGGGGAUGCUGUGCCCGCACAGGUGACCCCAGCAUCAGGGCCUCGCGGCCGGGGAUCCCCCCUCAGCGGUACCAAACGGCCCCCACCCUGUCCUCUCGCCAUCUCCAAAUCGGACAUUCUUUCUAGCUGAGAUUUUUUUAUUUUUCCAGAUUUGUAGUGCCAUGAAGUGAUCUCGUCUUUGAUUUCCAGGGGCAGACCCAGGUGACGGGAAGCUCGUGCAGCGCCCUGGCCAGAGGUGGCCAGGGGCCGGCAGCACCGUCCACACAGAGGCCCUGGCACGGCCGGGGCACAGGCAUUCCAGGGACAGGCUGGCCGCGCGGCAGCCUGGGUCGGCUUUUUACUGUCAUUAUUCAGUUCUGUUUUGAUAGCUUUGUCCUCCCGGAGAGACUGCGAUUUGGGACCACUUAUCCAGGCGGAGGGCGCCCCACCCCCACCGUUUCUUUGACUCUCCUCCCGCCCCGCCCCCCGCCGCUGUCAAUCCAAGUCAUUGACGUCACCUUUCUCCUUUUUUGAAUUAAAACGAACAUACCAGCAAUGUCUGCUCUCCCCUGGGGUCUCUAACCUGCUCUGUUUACAUCAUAAAUGCACUUAAGGAAAACAGACCAAUUAAAGCUCAUUCUAAAGUU